AUGGAUAACGAUACUAUUGAAAGAAGAGUAUAUCUCAGUUCCGAAAGUCAUUUCGCCCUUUUCAAGCAUGAUUUAGAUAUCCACAAAUCAUACAAGGAGCAAAUCAAGACCGCUCAUGAGCGAAUUCAAUAUCUGGAAUCAGAAUUUCGAGGCCAGGAGUCGCGUCUUCGCGAUCAUGACUCGCUACACAAGCGCUUGUAUGAAAGUGAGAAAAUUCGAACACUCGAGACAUCCGCGAGGAUUCGUCUACAGCGCCACCUCAGAGUCGAGCAAACAAACUCUUCGGAACUUUCUGAAAGAGCGAAAACCCUACAGGAACAGUUGGUGAAGAUGGAAGGGGAAUUUACGAGUUUGCAAGCCCGGUUUUUAGAUGCUACAUUUGCCAUAGCAACAUGCAAUCAAAUGCUGCAAAAUGAGACCAAUGAGCUGCAGCAUCAAGUUAUGUAUGACAAGGAAGAGAUAUUACACAAUCAACGCAUUAUCCGUUCUUUGGCUACUAAGAUAGCGCUAUAUGAUAGUGAUGCUGAACGAGAUAUUAACUUUCUAUAA